AUGAGUAACAUCAAGGUUGAAUUCAUUCAACAAUCAAACAUUCAAAACUUCAGCUUUACAAUCCGAUCAGCUGCAGUCUCUCUCUUUGUCUUCCUGCUACAGGUGAAACAGGAAGUGGAUCUGAAUUCACCUGGUGAGUAUUUUCUUCAUUCUGUCAAACAUCAAACUGAAAGUUUUCACAUGUCUUCUUCAUUUUGAACAGAACUGGACUCUGAAUGGAUCCAGAUGAGCUCUCCAGUAAACAGGAAUGACUGUGGCUCCAUCUUGUGGUAGAAUCUGGAAUGACACUGUGGUAGAGGACAGUAUGUGGCUCAGGUUGAACUGACUGAGCAUGUUGUUGUGUUUGUGUGAAGGUGGGGGCUCUGCUAUGAAUCAGAGUGAGGACAGAGAGGAGGGGGCCCCUCCCUCUAAAACCACUCUGUGGGGGGAACAUGAGAGCCAGACCAAAGUUCAGAGGUGAGAUGAGGAUCUCCAACUGUCCAUGACUCUUCUCCAUGUCAGAGCUCAGCACUCACAUCACUCCACCAUCACUAUUAUUCACACUCAGACCUCUGUCUGUCUGUCUGUCUGUCUGUCUGUCUGUCUGUCUGUCUGUCUGUCUGUCUAAGACCUGAACAGCAGUGCAGACUAGACUCUCCUGGACCUGGACCCAGCUGUGUGUCCUUCAAGAGUGACCGGUCUAAGGAUGGAUUUAUUGAUUUUAAAGAUGGACAUCAGUCUGAUCUUCAAAAGUAAUAAUCUAUCACAGCAGCACUCAAACCUGGAAGAUUUUCAGUGUUCUUGUUUCUUCAUCAGUGUUUGUGUUUCUGUCAGAGUCAAACAUGAGAGACCAGACUCUCCUGGACCUGGACCCAGCUGUGUGUCCUUAAAGAGUGACCGGUCUAAGGGUGGAUUGAUUGAUUUCAAAGAAGGAGAGAUCUAUGAUGAGCAAAGGUGAGCCUUUCAAACUGAACUUUCUUUUGUUGUGUGUGAAACUUUUCAUCCUAACUGUGGUCGGUGUUUUCUCUGUGAAGGUGAAGAUUUUUCAGGGUUUGUGUUUCUAUCAGGAUCCAACAGCAGUAAACAGGAUCUGAGCCACAAAGACCUGGACUCUGCAUGUAUCUUCAUGUGUGUCUGUAGGAGGAUCCAGCAGUGUUUCUACCAGGAUCCUCUAGAUAGACUCUCUCACAUGUAACCCUGUGUCUCCUUAUAUUAUAUCCACUACAUUAGAUUCUGUUUGUUCCACAGAGUUCAGCAGCAGAGAUCAGAGGUUCCCAUUGGUCAGUCUGCCCAGCAGCAUCAAACACAGCUGGACUCCAUAUUUAUGGUAGGUGUAAAUGUACAAACACAGCUCCUACUGAUCAUCAGAGCAGACACUCAGUAUAUUUGGAGGUUUCUGGAUUGUUUCCUAAUGACUCUGCAAACAUCAUCUCUGCCUGAAUUAUCUUCACACUCACAGUUUGACUGAUUGAAUGAAGCCUCACAUUUAUGACCUGCAGAGAGUCAGAGGUCAGAGGUCAUGGUGGACGGUGGUCCAGGAGCAGAGUUCACAAACUGAGUCCAGUUUGAGGUUUAAAGAACAGAAAGACUUUGGUUCAUGUCGAUGACAGCUGCUGCUUUCAGCUUCAUUCUAAUAAACACAUCACCUCUAAAGUCACUGCAGACUUUUUCUCCAUGAAACCACACCAGGAGGUUUCUCCAAUAUGAAGGUCAGGUCAUAGAAACUGGAUUUGUAGAAGACAGGACCAUCCACAAAGUCAGUCCUGAAGCAGCAUUGUGAUCCAGUCUCCAUGCUGGACUCUGUAGACCAGCAGGCUUUCUGUCUGUCACAGAUGAUCAGAUGUUCAGUUCUACAAGUUCAAGUUCACAUUUUGUUCUGUUUCAGCUGCUCCAGGAGAACAUGAUCAGCUUUGUAAAGGAGCAGCUGAAGGAGAUCCAGAGAGUUCUGGGUCCAGAUGAACCAGAAGGCUCAGAGAGUCAGAGGGAGGAUGAGGAUGAAGAGCAGAGGAGGAGCAGAGAGGCAUUCCUGAAGAUCACUGUGAACUUCCUGAGGAGAAUGAAGCAGGAGGAGCUGGCUGACUGUCUGCAGAGCAGUAAGAGGAUUUGAAGAGAUUUAACAUGAUGGAGACAACAUGGGAGAGGUUUAGAGUUCAGACUCUGCUGUUCAUAUGAUGCACACAUUUGUAUCACAUCUAUGAACUGAGAGAAACUGAUCACAGCUGAUGAGCUGAAGAGAUUUCAGAGAGGAGGGAAAUCAAAUCCAUCCUGAUGUCUUCAAGUGUAAAUUCAUCAGACUGAUUGUAGCUUCAGAUGAUUCAUCACAUUUCUUUUUGUUCAUUCAGGAUCUGCUGCUCCAGAGUGCCGACACAAACUCAAGUCCAACCUGAAGGAGAAGUUCCAGUGUGUGUUUGAGGGGAUUGCUAAAGCAGGAAACCCAACCCUUCUGAACCAGAUCUACACAGACCUCUACAUCACAGAGGGAGGGACUGGAGAGGUCAACGAUGAACAUGAGGUCAGACAGAUUGAAACAGCAUCCAGGAGAGCAGAGCGACCAGAAACAACCAUCAGACAAGAAGACAUCUUUAAAGGCUCACCUGGAAGACAGGAACCAAUCAGAACAGUGAUGACAAAGGGAGUGGCUGGCAUUGGGAAAACCGUCUUAACACAGAAGUGGACUCUGGACUGGGCUGAAGACAAAGACAACCAGGACAUCCACUUCACAUUUCCAUUCACCUUCAGAGAGCUGAAUGUGCUGAAAGAGAAGAAGUUCAGCUUGGUGGGACUUGUUCAUCACUUCUUCACUCAAACCAAAGAAGCAGGAAUCUGCAGCUUUCAACACUUCAGGGUCGUGUUCAUCUUUGACGGUCUGGAUGAGUGUCGACUUCCUCUGGACUUCCACAACAAUCAGGUCCUGACUGAUGUUACAGAGUCCAGCUCAGUGGAUGUGCUGCUGACAAACCUCAUCAGGGGGAACCUGCUUCCCUCUGCUCGCCUCUGGAUAACCACAAGACCUGCAGCAGCCAAUCAGAUCCCUCCUGAGUGUGUUGACAUGGUGACAGAGGUCAGAGGGUUCACUGACCCUCAGAAGGAGGAGUACUUCAGGAAGAGAUUCAGAGAUGAGGAGCAGGCCAGCAGAAUCAUCUCCCACAUCAAGACAUCCAGAAGCCUCCACAUCAUGUGCCACAUCCCGGUCUUCUGCUGGAUCACUGCUACAGUUCUGGAGGAUCUGCUGAAGACCAGAGAGGGAGGAGAGCUGCCCAAGACCCUGACUCAGAUGUACAUCCACUUCCUGGUGGUUCAGUCCAAACUGAAGAACAUCAAGUAUGAUGGAGGAGCUGAGACUGAUCCACACUGGAAUAAAAAGAGCAGGAAGAUGAUUGAGUCUCUGGGAAAACUGGCUUUUGAGCAGCUGCAGAAAGGAAACCUGAUCUUCUAUGAAUCAGACCUGACUCAGUGUGGCAUGGAUAUCAGAGCAGCCUCAGUGUACUCAGGAGUGUUCACACAGAUCUUCAGAGAGGAGAGAGGACUGUACCAGGACAAGGUGUUCUGCUUCAUCCAUCUGAGUGUUCAGGAGUUUCUGGCUGCUCUUCAUGUCCACCUGACCUUCACCAACUCUGGAGUCAACCUGAUGAAAGAAGAACAACAAACAACAUCUUCAAUCUCUAAAAUCUUCAGUGUCAAACCAAAACUGAAACAUCUCCAUCAGAGUGCUGUAGACCAGGCCUUACAGAGUCUGAACGGACACCUGGAUUUAUUUCUACGUUUCCUCCUGGGUCUUUCUCUGCAAACCAAUCAGAAUCUCCUGAGAGGUCUGCUGACACAUACAGGAAGUAGCUCACAGACCAGUCAAGGAACAGUCCAGUACAUCAAGAAGAAGAUCAGUAAGGAUCUGUCUGCAGAGAAAAGCAUCAAUCUGUUCCACUGUCUGAAUGAGCUGAACGAUUGUUCUCUAGUGGAGGAGAUCCAACAGUCCCUGAGAUCAGGACGUCUCUCCACAAAGAAACUGUCUCCUGCUCAGUGGUCAGCUCUGGUCUUCAUCUUACUGUCAUCAGAAAAAGAUCUGGACGUGUUUGACCUGAAGAAAUACUCUGCUUCAGAGGAGGGUCUUCUGAGGCUGCUGCCAGUGGUCAAAGCCUCCAACAAAGCUCUGUAGGUGGACUCAUGAGAGAUGAAACAUUAUUGUUCAUGAGAGAUGAAACUUUGUGUCUGUGCUAAUCACUGAUUCUUCUUCAGGCUGAGUGGAUCUAAACUGUCAGAGAGAAGCUGUGAAGCUCUGUCCUCAGUCCUCAGCUCCCAGUCCUCCAGUCUGAGAGACCUGGACCUGAGUAACAAUGACCUGCAGGAUUCAGGAGUGAAGCUGCUGUCUGCUGGACUGAAGAGUCCUCACUGUAAACUGGAAACUCUCAGGUCUCUGUGAUGUUAAAUGUCAAAGUUUAAUCCCUACAGGAUACAAAAUAAAAAAGACUACUCAGAAACUAAUAAAUAUUUUACUUUUAAAAGGAUAAGUUUGAAUGGUGAAAGUCAGUCUGUUUUUUUGAAAGAUUGCCAUUUCAUACCAUUACGAGAUGGAUAACAAAAGAAACUAACACUCUAGUUACAGAUGGAUUAAGCCUUUAGAAUAACAAUACAAUUGAAAUUUAUCAUGAGUAAAGAUUUAUUUUUAAAUAUUGCCCUAUAUUUCCAGAUUUAUUGGAUGUAACCUGUCAGAGAGAAGCUGUGAAGCUCUGUCCUCAGUCCUCAGCUCCCAGUCCUCCAGUCUGAGAGAGCUGGACCUGAGUAACAAUGACCUGCAGGAUUCAGGAGUGAAGCUGCUGUCUGAUGGAUUGAAGAGUCCUCAAUGUAAACUGGAAACUCUCAGGUCUGUAUAAGAUCGAACAUAAAACUUUACCCGUCAUUGUUCAAAACCACAGAAACAAAAGCAUCAAUAAAACAGAGAGCUACUUACUGCUCUUUUAUUAUAAGUGGGGUCAAGUGAAGAGACAUUAUUAAUUCAGUCAGAUCUUGUUAAGAUGAUUAACUAAGAGUAAUGAGAGAUUUUUGUUCAAGAUUACAAAAUGUUAAAAGAAGAAGCAAAAGCAUCUACUAACUUUAAUUAUCUAUGAAACAAAAGAGCUUAUUUUAUUCAAAUAUCUUCAUGUGUGUUCAGGUUUACUGGAUGUAACCUGUCAGAGAGAAGCUGUGAAGCUCUGUCCUCAGUCCUCAGCUCCCAGUCCUCCAGUCUGAGAGAGCUGGACCUGAGUAACAAUGACCUGCAGGAUUCAGGAGUGAAGCUGCUGUCUGCUGGACUGAAGAGUCCUCACUGGAAACUGGAAACUCUCAGGUCAGGUUUUCUGCUGAUUGAGUUUUGUAGUUGUUUGAGUGAAAUUGUCACAAGUUGGUACACUUUUCCUUGUUUCAUUUAUUUUUUCCUGACUCCAGGUUAUCAGGCUGUCUCAUCACAGAAGAAGGUUGUGCUUCUUUGGCCUCAGCUCUGAGCUCCAACCCCUCACACCUGAGAGAGCUGGACCUGAGCUACAAUCAUCCAGGAGACUCAGGAGUAAAACUGCUGUCUGCUGGACUAGAGGAUCCUCUAUGGAGACUGGAUACACUGAGGUAUAACCAGACAGUUACUGGGUCACAGACAACUACAAAUAUAUUUGGUUUCUUCUUCCUGAGGUCUUCACUUAGCAGGUCAUCAUUGUGGACCAUCUUUCUGAAGGACUCUUGAAUGUGAACAGUUUCAUCCUGGAUAGUAGCUCUGAUGCUCACUAGUUCUCAGCCUCCCUCCUUCCUCUUAGUGUAGACCCUCUGGGUUCUGGAUUUAGGGUGAAAACCUCCAUAUGAGUAUUUUGAGGAGCUUUCUUGUCUUGAUGUCAGUGGUCUUUAUUUAUAUAUAAAAAAACAUUUUUAAAUGCUCUUUAUGGAGGAUCGAAAGGGUCACAGAAAUUAAAAUAAAGUAUUUUUAAUUGAAAAGGUUAUUGUACUAUUGAAACAGGAAUUCAUCAAGUGGUUUCCAAAUUCAUGAGUUCAUCCAUGAACAAAUCAAGGAAUUAUAAAAAGAUUCUACAAAUGAAUCUGUACAAAAGUUUUUUCUUUAACCCUUGGUUUCUGUUAAUUUUAUGCUCCAUCUGCCUACUUUGUCACCAAAACAGAUAAGUGUUGAUUAAAUAAUCAUUUUUAAACUUUUUGUUUUAUUUUCGACUCAUAUCCCUUAAACAACUUCAGCCCUGACCAUUAAAAAAUAAAAAUUCCAAAAUUCGACAUGUGACCUUUUUUUUAUGCCAGUUUCUGUGCAACAUGUCACUGUUAUUUUUACCAGUAAAAAACACAAAACCAAAACCUUAUUUCCCAUAUAAAAUGACCUAGAUGAUUUUUCAUAAAACAGUCCGCUCACUGAAAUAAAUAAAUAAACAAACAAGCUUACCAGAAAGCCCGACAUCACAGGCCACCUUCCCCCAUGCUUCUUCUUUGGCGUUGCGGUCCCGGUACAGCCCGCAACCCACGUUGUAUAGCACCGGGUGGUAGCUAACGGAUGUGAUUAACUGCUCCUCCAUUGUGAUUCUUCUUCUGUUUUGUUUUCUUCUUCUUUUCUUCUCUGUUUUGUUUUGCCGGUUUGUUGACGUUAGCAGAGCCCUGAUUGGCUGUCGCGGCACGGAGUCGCGGAUAGUCACUCCCAAAGUUCAAAUAUUUGAACUUUGGGAGCGACGCGACUUGGCGUCCUGCGACCUCGGCGACGCGACUUAGCGACCUGAUCGCCAAGUCGCUUCAGGUCGCAUCGCAGGCAGCCGGCGGUCGCGUCAGGUCGCGGCUGGCCAUAGACUUUGCAUUGGAUGCCGUCGCCGACGUCGCCGAGGUCGCGUUUGGUCUGAACACCCCUUUAAGCCGCGUUCAGACCAAACGCGACCAGGUCGCGUCGCGUCGCGUCGGUCGGUCAGGUCGCGUCGCGUGGUGCUCUGGUGUGUUCACACCGGGUCCAAAGUUGCAGUCGCAGGUCGCGGCUGGUCGCCGGUGACGUCAUCCAUGUCACUAGCUCAGUUUUCAGUUCAUCAGUGCUGCCGCAUAUCUGUACAUCCGCAGUAGACGCCGCCGGCGUUUAUGGGUGCAUGAAACCAUCCGGAGGAGGACGGAGCUGGGUGAAUUUCACCGCUUGCUCCAGGAACUCCGCCUGGACGACGGCCGCUUCCAGCGGUAUUUCCGUGUGUCGACGGCGCAGUUCAAGGACCUCCUCGCCCCGGUGGGAAGCAGCAUCUCCCGCCUGGACACGAAAUACAGGCGCUCCAUCUCAGCUUCGGAGCGCCUGUCUAUCUGUCUGUCCCUCAUAUAAACGUCUCUAAGCCCCUUCCACCGCUUGCGGCACACAUCCACUGCAAAGACACACACACACAUACGUUGAAACAUGUAGCCUAGCAAGCAGGGGCAGUUAGCUGGGUGGUAGCUAACGGAUGUGAUUAACUGCUCCUCCAUUGUGAUUCUUCUUCUCCUCUUCCUUGUUUCGCCGGUUUGUUGACGUUAGCAGAGCCCUGAUUGGCUGUCGCGGCACGAAGUCGCUCCCAAAGUUCAAAUAUUUGAACCUUGCGACCUCGGGGACGCGCCUUGGCGACCGGUCGCCCGGUCGCGCAUGGUCGCGUCGCAGGAAGCCGGCGGUCGCCAAGUCGCGUCAGGUCGCGGCUGGUCUGAACGCGGCUUUAGACAUCCAUAUCUAGUGUCAUGUAAAGUUUCCUUCAUUUCUGAUGAUGUUUAGUGGAUGAAUCUUCAGACUCUCUCAGUCCAUGAAUGAAGACUUGCGUGCUCAGCGGCUCUGAAGGGGUUAAAAUGAUGUGCGGCUCAGUCUGUUGUCUCACUGUGGGAAAGUCAAAUUUAGAGCCCUGCUGAUCGACUGACAGCAGAAAAAAGGUUGGAAUAUGUUGUGAUGGAGCCGUAAACACACGCACAAAAAAACUGUUUUUAAUGGAAGUCUAUUGGCCGAUUUGUGGACAAAGGAGGGUGGGUGGAGCUAAAAUGAAGAGACAGAGAACUACAGGUGACACUGAAUUUUUUUGUAAUAUAUGUACAAAAAUAAGAACUCUCACCACAUUUGAUGCCCCAAUCUUUAAAAAUGUGACUGUCAGCUCAAAAUAAAGAUGGAAAAAAAAGACAAAUGUCCUCAAAACGGACAGAGGAGGAACUGAGGGUUAAAAAAACAUGAAUGUAUUCCCUAGUCAAUAGUUUAAAAAUCAGUCUGAAAAUGAAAUUUUAAAAAAGAGAAAUGAAGAAGUGAAUUGACAAACUGAAGUAAGAAUACAGCUUUUAAUCAGACAUUUAAAGGACAAUUCCUCUUUUUAUUUCCAUUUCCUGUCUGCUUUUCCUUUUCCUGUUAGCUAAUCAAUUAUCAAAGUCUUUUAUCUUUCUGUUCCUCCUCUCCAUUUUUCCUUCCUUCACACUUUGGGCCUUGAGCUGGUAAAACCAGGUAAAACAAUGCUGAUGAUCCAUGAAACAAGCUCUCUGAUUGGUUAUCACCUGGCCUAUUACAUGCAGAUGUCUGCAGGGAGGUGAAGAUGAUGGAGGAUGAGGAAGAAUAGACCUUAUCCAGUGUUCCAGGUGGAAAGAGGUCCAAACCUGGAUAUUGUGACUCUGUGGUCAUUUCUCAGCUCCCUGAUUGAUGAACAGACACACAGACUAAAAACAGAGAUGAUCAGGAGAGAGAUGGGCUCAUAUUUGAAGUUCAAACACAUUUGACAGUCCUUUAGCCCACGUCAGAACUCAGAGAAGAUGCUUUAUUACACCUGAUGUUACAAGAUGAAGGUUCACAUCUAGUUUAAUGAUCAGAGCAGAACAACAUUCAGAUCUCCUCCAGAUCCUUUAUUUCAUUCAUCCAUACAGACCAGGAUCAACUCUCCUGGCUGACAUGGGAAGGUCUUCUCUUCUUGAUUUUCUGCUCUCUUUGUUUGGUGAGCCAUCAAACAAACCCUCAGAGCUACAGAGAAACACCUCCUUCAUACAUCCACCCUCAGUCAGAAACAUGGACUCAAAGUACUGGCUGCAGAAGUGGGUUCAAAGGAGAUCAGAUAGUCUUCAUUGAGCUUCAUCAGCUGAGCUCUACUGCUUUACUGGCACAGCUACAUUCAGUGAGAGCAGCAGCAGACCUGUCAGUCAUGAUCAGGUAAGCUGAGGGGCUGUUUGAGGACAUGCACUGACUUUGCUCCACUUCCUGUCCAUCCCAAACUGCAGGAAAUCCACCUGCUGUUCCAGGUGUGAUGCUCCUACUCCCUCUGCUCUAGCUGACUCUGAAUGAUCCAAGAAGAGCCUCACACACUCACAUGAGUUCAUCUGAGAGCUUUCAUUUCAUCUUCAUUCAUAUUUAGAAGAAGAGAGCCCACUACUUCAUCUCUCUAUCUGCAGACAAGCUUUCAAGUCUAUUUAGAAGGAGCUUUUUAGACCAAAGUGUGGACAGCUGUCCUAAAAGAAGAAAUGAAGGUCUUUUUCCAAAGGGUCCAAAUCAAGUCUCCAUGUUGUAGGACAGACCAACAGCCAGCCUUUGCUCUUUGAAUCUUGUUGUUUUUCUGUGAGUUUCUGUCAGAAAGACUCAGAAAAAGUGACAGAGUGAUGGAGACUGUUGGCUCAGAUGAGUUUCAGCCUGUUUCUCUGUCACAGGGACAAACUGAGGAACUCUGCUUCAUGUUGGACAGCAGGUAGGACUCAUGUUGGACACUCAAUCAUUCUGACUGUGUUUCUUCCUCCAGGGUGGACCAUGGUGGAGAGCAGUGGUUAAAACCUGGUGUGAAGAAGUGUAAGUGUUGAAUCAGUUUGACUCCUGAUGACCAAACAGCAGACUGUCAGCUAACAAAGAAGAAAGCCUUCAGGUGUGUCUGAUGAUAACCUGCUGCUGUGUUGUGUCUUUUUCUCUCUGUCAGAUUUCUGUGA